AUGGAGUAUCGAAGAAUCAAAGAUCAGGAUAAAGAUGGGGAUGCUGUUGGCAACGAUAUAGAGAGCUUACCUGGAAAAGGUCUUUCAGUUCCUGCAAGUGGAAGCCCAAGUGACCGAUCUAAGUGGAAGCGCAAGUCAAUCGUUACACUUGCACUGACUGUUCUUACGAGUUCACAAGCAAUACUAAUUGUUUGGUCCAAGAGAGCUGGAAAGUACGAGUAUAGUGUUACCACUGCAAAUUUUUUGGUAGAGGCUUUGAAAUGUGCACUAUCACUUGCUGCCUUGGCAAGAAUCUGGAGACAUGAGGGUGUCACUGAAGAUAACAGGUUGAGUACAACAUUCGAUGAAGUUAGUGUUUACCCUAUACCUGCAGCACUUUAUCUUGUCAAGAAUUUACUUCAGUAUUACAUCUUUGCAUAUGUGGAUGCUCCCGGGUACCAGAUACUGAAAAACCUGAACAUUAUCAGCACAGGAGUGUUAUAUCGAAUUAUUCUCAAGAAAAAGUUAAGCGAAACUCAGUGGGCUGCUUUCAUCCUAUUGUGUGCAGGGUGCACCACAGCACAACUAAAUUCUUCUUCUGAUCAUGUCCUUCAGACUCCUUUCCAAGGUUGGGUAAUGGCUAUUGUCAUGGCACUUCUAAGCGGUAUUGCAGGAGUGUACACCGAGGCUAUAAUUAAAAGACGGCCUUCAAGGAACAUAAAUGUACAGAACUUCUGGUUGUAUGUCUUUGGGAUGGGCUUCAAUGCUAUUGCAAUAGUUAUUCAAGACUUCGAUGCUGUCAUGAACAAGGGUUUCUUCCAUGGAUACUCAUUAAUUACCGUUCUCAUGAUUCUCAACCAUGCGUUAAGCGGGCUUGCUGUAUCAAUGGUCAUGAAGUAUGCUGACAAUAUUGUGAAGGUGUAUUCUACUUCAGUGGCAUUACUGCUGACCGCUGUUGUUUCUGUGUUUCUAUUUGGAUUUCAUCUCUCCCUUGCCUUCUUCCUUGGCUCCACCGUUGUUUCUGUCUCAAUAUAUCUACACUCCAUUGGGAAGCCACAGAGAUAGUGAUGCCUCCCACCUUCUGAGUCCAGUUGAGUUGCCAGUGUAAAGGCUAAUGCUUUUGAAUUAUUUUCUUCUAAUAUUCUUUUUCCAUUUGAUUUCUUAAAAUCAUCAAUUCUGAUAACAUGUAAUUAAUA